AAAACCCAAAAGAAAAAGACAUGCGAUCCCAAAUUCUCAAAAAAUUGUCUGCGACGACUCUCUGGGCUUUUGAGCGUGUCUACUGCAGUUAGCACUCAGUACAGUUCAGUUCAGUUCCAUUUGCAAUGGAGGAAACCCUAACCACCAUACUUGAAGAAGAAGAAGAACAAGAAGAAACCACCGACCAACCCAUGCCCGACGUGCCCCAAAACCCUAACUCUCUCGCUUCCGACGAUGCCUCCGACUCUCACUCCGAAUCCGAAUCCGAUUCCGACUCCGAAGACGAAUCCCAGCAGAAAGUGGAGCUCCAAACCCUGGAAACGGAGCUCUCCUCCAACCCUGCGAACUACGACUCUCAUGUCCAGUACAUAAGACUACUAAGGAAAAUGGGAGAGAUAGAGAAGCUGAGACAAGCAAGAGAGGCCAUGAGCCUCCUCUUCCCAUUGACUCCUUCCAUGUGGCAGGAUUGGGCUAAAGACGAAGCUUCUCUCGCCACCACUCAGCCCGAGGCUGUUGCCGCAAUCGAAAAGCUUUACGAACGAGGCGUGUUCGAUUAUUUGUCUGUCUCCCUUUGGUAUGACUACUUGACUUUUGUUCAAGAAUAUGAUCCAAUGGUACGUGAUUGUUUGCCUGCUGGCAUUUCAAAGGCAAGAAAUCUGUUUGAGCGUGCUCUUACUGCAGCUGGUUUGCAUGUUACCGAAGGCAUCAAACUAUGGGAAGCAUACAGGACAUUCGAGCAAGCUAUAUUGCUUACUAUUGACGAGUCUGAUAUUCAGGCAAAAGAAAAGCAGAAUCAGCGCAUUCGAACUCUAUUCCAGCGACAGUUAUCUGUCCCUCUUGUUAACAUGAAGUCAACACUUCAGGCUUAUAAGGCUUGGGAGGUGGAACAAGGAAAAGUUCUUGAUGUUGAAUCCAGUGAUUUGGAUGGGAUUUCUUCUCAUGUUGCCACAGCUUACCAGAAAGCCUUGGAGGGGUAUAAUGCACGUGUUCAUCUUGAAGAACAGAUUUCAAGGCAGGAUAUAUCUGAUUCAGAAAGACUUCAACAAUUUGUGAUCUACUUAAAAUUUGAAGAGUCUUCUGGAGAUCCAGCCCGGGUACAAGUUCUGUAUGAACGUGCUAUUGCUGACUUUCCAAUAGCAAGUGACCUAUGGCUUGACUACACUCGCUAUUUGGACAAAACCUUGAAGGUAGGCAAUGUUGUGAGAGAGGUUUAUUCCAGGGCCACAAAGAAUUGUCCCUGGGUUGGAGAACUUUGGGUUCGAUAUUUGCUUUGCUUGGAACGUGGCCGUGCUUCUGAGGAAGAAUUAGCUGCUGUAUUUGAGAAGUCACUGCAGUGCACCUUUUCAACCAUUGAUGAGUAUUUUGAUCUAUUCCUCACUCGAGCGGAUGGCCUAAGACGAAGACUCUCAUUUACUGGUGAAGUAGGGGAUUAUUCGAUAAUAAGGGAAACCUUUCAGAAUGCUUCGGAUUACUUAUCACAGCACUUGAAGAACACAGAGGGUUUGGUGCGAUUGCAUGGUUAUUGGGCCCGUUUAGAGCUAAAUCUGGGAAAAGAUUUAAAUGCAGCUCGUGGAGUUUGGGAGAGUUUGCUAAAGAUUUGUGGUUCAAUGUUGGAAGCCUGGAAAGGUUAUAUAGCAAUGGAAAUUGAAGCAGGUCAUAUAAAUGAAGCUAGGUCCAUCUAUAAGAGGUGCUACAGUAAAAGAUUUGCGGGGACUGGCUCAGAGGACAUUUGCCAUUCUUGGUUGCGCUUUGAGAGGGAAUAUGGUACACUUGAAGAUUUUGACCAUGCUGUACAAAAGGUUACUCCUCGCCUGGAAGAGCUCCAGUUAUUUAGGUUACAGCAGGAAUCAAAAUCAACAGAUGAAAGGGAAAAUUCUUCUAAGAAAAAAGCUCGUGAAAAGAGAAGGCCAGGUUCAGACUUAACUCAAGAACAGUCUCCUGCAAAGCGACAGAAAGAUGCAGCUCAAAACCCAAAGAAAGCGUAUGGGAAGGAUAAAGCCCACGAGCCGAACUUAGUUGAGACAAAUGAAGUGGAAGAGAUGAAUGCCAAGAUUGACAAUGAAAAUAGCAGAAAUGAACAGAUGAAAGACAAUUAUGGAAAACAACAGAUGAAAGAUUCUACCCCUGGAAAAACUAAAGUAUACAAGGACCAAUGCACUGCAUUUGUAUCAAACAUUAACCUUAAGGCAAAUUCUGAAGAUAUACGUAAGUUCUUCAGUGAUGUGGGUGGAGUAACUGCUAUUCGAAUACCACAAGACAAAUUCACAGGAAAAUCAAGGGGACUAGCAUACGUGGAUUUCUCCGAUGAUGCUCAUCUUGCUGCAGCUGUAGAAAAGAACAAACAGAUGUUACUUGGAAAGAGGGUGAGCAUUGCUCGGUCAAAUCCAAACAGAAACAAAAAAGAUAACUCUUACAGUGAUGGCCAAAGGGAACAUGUUAAAUUGGCAGUGCAUGGUGCUGAUCACAGCAGUACAGCUGGAGGAUCUGCUACUCAAAAGCAUAGAGUUGAUAAUGUCCCGAUUAAGGGGAAGAACACAUUUGCAGUCCCGAGAGCUGUUGUUAAACCACUUGGUUGGACUGCAAAUGAACCGAAGACUGAGGAGGGAGAUGAAAAGCCAAAGUCUAAUGAUGAGUUCAGAAAGAUGUUUAUUAAAAAGUAAUGUGUUAGUGGGUCACAAAUUUUACUGUAUGGUGCAUGACAAACUGUCAUAAAAUCAUAUGAAGGUUAAAUUUUGCUUUGUCGACAA